AAUAUCAGCUUGCUUGAGUUCUUGAGUAAAUGAUUAUGUACACUCCUACACGUGAGCCCGCUCCAUUCCAAGCUAGCUUACAAAAACCACAGUGGAAGAGCAUCGUUCAACGAGAGGCUGAGGAUUGGCUCGCGGCUCACAAACUCAUCGCACACUUCCCAUACCAGUGUGCUCUCUCACUCUUCCCCUUCUCAUGCUCUGCCUCUCUCGUCAUUCGCGAGAACCAUAAGGAAAACAGCAGCCACCGGAAGAAGAGCAACACCCAGAUGUCCAUUUCCAUGGCCUUGUUCUCUCCCCCGGCGCCCAACCUCAGGACCCUCUCCCCUCGCUCCCUCUCCAAACCCCGCCUCACCCACAAACCCUCUCUCUUUCUCGGGCCCAAAAGAGCCACCUUUAUCACCAUUCAUGCUUCCUCCGAUAAUGGGUCUGGGGCUGUCCCGUCGUCGGCUGUGGCUGUGGAGGAGGAGCCCAAGGUGGCCGUGGAGCAGGUGAAGGAGCCGGAGAGAGAGAAGGAAGGUGCUGGGUCUAAUGGGUCUGUGUCCUCUGCUUCUGGCGAGGAAGCCGUGGUAAUCACCAAAUUCAAGGAUUCAAGAUGGGUUAGUGGGACUUGGGACUUGAAGCAGUUUCAGAAAGAUGGUGCGACUGAUUGGGAUGCUGUCAUUGAUGCUGAGGUUAGGAGGAGAAAAUGGCUUGAAGACAACCCCGAAUCAUCCAAUAAUGACGACCCUGUAGUUUUCGACACCUCUAUCAUUCCAUGGUGGGCUUGGAUGAAGAGGUUCCAUCUCCCUGAGGCUGAACUACUCAAUGGUCGGGCAGCAAUGAUAGGAUUCUUUAUGGCUUAUUUGGUGGAUAGCUUGACCGGAGUCGGUCUUGUUGACCAAAUGGGAAACUUCUUUUGUAAGACGCUCUUGUUCGUAGCUGUAGUAGGAGUUCUGGUAAUAAGAAAGAAUGAGGACAUCGAGACCAUAAAGAAGCUUAUUGAGGAAUCGACCUUCUAUGACAAGCAAUGGCAAGCGUCAUGGCAGGAUGAUAACUCUGGCAGUUCAAAGAAUGGCUAGUGAAAAAUCCAUGGUUGUUACCAAAAGAGAGCGUUUCAAGAUCACUCAGCAUUUUUGCAGUAGAAUGUUUUUACCUUCUGUUGCGUGUUUGAAUAUGUUGCAGUAUAACAUUGUGAACUGAUAAAAGUUUUCAGGGGAUGAAAGUGUGACAAGCUUUAGUUGCAA